AGUUCAGAGCAGAAUUGCUGUUUUAGUCCUUUAACAGCUAAAUAUUGCAUCUCUAAACCGCGGAUUAUGCUGGCUAAGGUUUAAUUUUUUUGUUUUUAUUCUUAAUAAACUCACACGCUGAGACUCAACGGGUUACAAAACAUUUUUGUGAGACAGCUUUUAAGAAAGAGGUCGACAGCUUUCCGGUUAAUCUAAAAGAGAAAAGAGAAGAGACAGAAAAAAAAAAAAACAUCGACUUUGCAAGUACUGAAAUCAGGAGGUAAGGCGAGACAGAGUCUGGAAAACAGUUUUCCAUCUGCUACAUUCCUCAUCCUGACCUUGGUGGUAUCUUCAUGGACUGUGCUGGAAUUAGAUGAAUUUAACAGAAAGGAACAGUCUGGGGGAAAUGUAAUAAAUCCAGUAUAAUGGCUGGAUGCACGCUAAAGGAGUAAUAUAACUUUCACUUAUUUCGACUGGAUUUAGAACGAUUUAACUUUACUCUGCUAAUUCGGUGGUUCCUAACAAGAUCUGGAUAGGAGAUGGAUGCUCAGUGCCUUCUUGGAUUCUACCUAAUGGUAUUGUUCGUGCAGUACGGUAAAGGUCUACAGUGUGGAGAUACAAAUAAUCUGUGUUUAAAUGAAGGAAAAUGUAUUGUCAAUGAUGGCGGCUCUGCUUAUUGCAAAUGUCCAGAAACCUACUUGGGAGAAUUUUGCCAAAUAGAAAAUCCAUGCAAAUCUAAUACAUGUGAAAAUGGAGGAACUUGCAAAGUCAGUAAAGACCUUUCUAAAGCCAUUUGUGUUUGUGCCCCAGGAUUUUUUGGAGAAUACUGCAAACACGGUGCAAAUAUCUGCUCUUUUUCCCAGCCAUGUUUAAAUGGAGGGACCUGUCAGCAGCUUAGCUUGGAAAAAUAUCAAUGCAUCUGCCCAUUUGGAUGGAGAGGAGAUAACUGCAAAUGGAUAGAUGGUUGUGCCUUGCAGCCAUGUGCAAAUGAAAGUACAUGUAUCCCUAAAGAGAAUCAAUAUUCCUGCACUUGUCAAGAUGGAUACACUGGCCCCAAGUGUGAAAUAGAUGUGAAUGAAUGCACUGCAUUUGGACUUUGUAAACACGAAGGAACAUGUGAGAACUUGCCAGGUUCCUAUAGAUGUCAUUGCCAGCAGGGUUACACUGGGCAACACUGUGAAAGUUUGUUUAUUCCAUGCUCUCCUUCACCUUGUAUGAAUGGUGGUACCUGCCGUCAAACAAGUGAAUAUGCCUAUGAGUGUAAUUGUCUUCCUGGAUUUGAUGGAACAAACUGUGAAGUCAACAUAGAUGAUUGUCCUGGUAAUAAGUGUCAAAAUGGAGGCACUUGCGUAGAUGGAGUGAACACGUACAACUGCAGAUGCCCUCCGCAGUGGACAGGACAAUUCUGCACAGAAGAUGUUGAUGAGUGUCAGUUGCAACCUAAUGCGUGUCAAAAUAGUGGAACAUGCACCAAUAACAAUGGUGGCUAUAACUGUGUUUGUGUCAAUGGAUGGAGUGGGGAUGAUUGCAGUGAAAAUAUUGAUGACUGUGCAUCAGAGUCUUGUGCCAAUGGGUCCACAUGCAUCGACCGAGUGGCAUCCUUUUUUUGUGUUUGUCCAGAAGGAAAGAUAGGUCUAUUGUGUCACAAAAAUGAUGCCUGUAUUGACAAUCCCUGCCAAAAGGGGUCUCUUUGUGAUACCAACCCCCUAACUGGACAAGCCAUUUGCACCUGCCCUGAAGGCUACAAAGGAACGGCAUGUUCUGAGGAUGUAGAUGAAUGCUCUUCAUACAAUAGCAAUCCAUGUGAACAUGCUGGAAAAUGUGUGAACACAGAGGGUUCAUUCCGCUGUCAAUGCUCAAAGGGUUUCAGUGGCCCACGCUGUGAAAUGGAUAUCAAUGAGUGUCUGUCAGAACCAUGUCAGAAUGAUGCCACUUGUUUGGAUAAAAUUGGAGGAUUUUCGUGCUUGUGUAUGCCUGGCUACAAAGGAAUACACUGUGAAAUUGAGAUCAACGAAUGUCUUAGCAAUCCAUGUGUGAACAACGGACAGUGUGUUGACAAAGUCAAUCAAUUUUUGUGUAUUUGUCCUCAAGGUUUUUCAGGGCCAGUAUGCCAGAUUGACAUUGAUGACUGUGCUAGCACCCCAUGUCAAAAUGGAGCAAAAUGCAUUGACCACCCAAAUGGGUAUGAUUGUCUUUGUGCAACAGGUUUUAUGGGUGUAUUGUGUGAAGAAAAUAUAGAUGACUGUGAUCCGGAUCCCUGUCAUUAUGGAACUUGCCAUGAUGGUAUUGACUCUUAUACUUGCAUUUGCAUCCCUGGGUACAUGGGUGCCAUAUGCAGUGAACAAAUAGAUGAAUGUUUAAGCAAUCCAUGCUUAAAUGAAGGUCGUUGUGUUGAUGUUGUUGAUGGUUACUUCUGCAAUUGCCCAGCAGGAACUACAGGACCAAGAUGUGAGAAGAACUUUGAUGAGUGUUCCAGCAACCCUUGCACAUAUGGGACAUGUGUGGAUGGAAUUAACCGAUAUGACUGUGUUUGCUCUCCUGGGUUUACAGGACCUUAUUGUAAGGAUGAUAUUGAUGAGUGUGCUUCACACCCAUGUAAUAAUGGAGGAACCUGUGUAAAUGAACAAAACAAAUUCAGAUGCAUUUGUCCAGAGGGAUUUCAACAACCCAGCUGCUUCUCAAAAGUGGAUGGGUGUAUCAACAACCCCUGUAUCCAUGGAAACUGUACUGGUGAUUUAAAUGGUUAUAAAUGUCUGUGUGAGUCUGGAUGGACUGGACAGCAUUGUGAAGUUGAUAAAAAUGAGUGUCUGUCAAAUCCUUGCCAAAAUGGAGGAACCUGCAACAAUUUGGUUAAUGGAUACCGAUGUUCCUGCAAGAAAGGCUUUAAAGGUUACAAUUGUCAAAUUAACGCUGAUGAAUGUGCAUCAAAUCCAUGCCUAAAUAAUGGGAUCUGCAACGAUGGUAUAAAUGGUUUUACAUGUCAAUGCAUGCUGCCAUACACAGGCACAUAUUGUCAAAAUGUCCUGGUCCCUUGCUCUCCUGAUCCCUGUCAGAAUGGUGGUACAUGUCAGGAAGCUGACGAUUUCAAGAGCUUCACCUGCUUGUGUGCAAGUGGCUGGCAAGGUUUGACGUGUACUUAUGACAUUGAUGAAUGUAAUACCAAUCCCUGCAAAAAUUAUGGUCACUGUCAUAAUAUUGAAGGUGGAUAUGUCUGUGAUUGUUACGAAGGUUUUGAUGGUGUAAACUGUGAAAACAACAUUGAUGACUGCCUGUCUAAUCCUUGUCAAAAUGGGGGCUCGUGUGUUGAUAACAUCAAUUCAUUUUCUUGUACCUGCUUAGCAGGGUUUCAAGGAGAUAAGUGCCAAAAAGAUGUGGAUGAAUGUAUGAGUAAUCCUUGCAAAAAUGGAGGCUAUUGCACAGAUUAUGUCAACAGCUACGCAUGCACAUGUCUACCAGGAUUUAACGGAAUCAAUUGUGAAAAUAAUAUUGAUGAAUGUACAGAAAGUUCCUGUUUUAAUGGUGCCACAUGCAUUGAUGGGAUUAAUGCAUUCUUCUGUCAGUGUCCCAAGGGAUUCACAGGUUCUUUCUGCCUGUAUGAGAUAAAUGAAUGUGGAUCACAGCCUUGCAUUAAUGGAGGAACCUGUGUGGAUGGACUGGGUACAUACAACUGCAUGUGUCCUGUGGGAUACAAAGGCAAGAACUGUGAGGGCCUCGUUGAUCUUUGCAGCGGCUUCCAAUGUAAAAAUAGUGGCACAUGCUAUCAAGAGAAGACCGAACCAAAAUGCACCUGUCCUACAGGUUGGACUGGGAUUUAUUGUGACAUACCUGAUGUGUCUUGUGAAGUAGCUGCUACUCAAAGGGGUGUGACUGCAAAAGAUCUGUGUCAACAUUCAGGAAAUUGCAUAAACACUGGCAAUAGUCAUCGUUGUCAGUGCAAGCAGGGGUACACUGGCAGCUACUGUGAUAAGGAACUUGAUGAGUGUGCAUCAAACCCAUGCCAGAACAGUGCAACAUGUGUGGAUCAUCAUGGUAGAUAUCAAUGCAAGUGUUUACCUGGUUACCAAGGCGUGAAUUGUGAAUAUAAGAUAGAUGAGUGUCAAUCACAGCCUUGCCAAAAUGGUGGUACAUGUGUUGACCUAGUAAAUCAUUAUCGUUGUUCCUGUCCUCCAGGUACAAGAGGUACCCAUUGUGAGGACAAUAUUAAUGAUUGUGCCCCAACCCUUGAGGGGCCACACUGCUUUAAUGGAGGAAUAUGCAUAGACAGGAUUGGAGGCUAUAGUUGUGAAUGCCUCCCUGGCUUUGCAGGCGAGAGAUGUGAGGGAGAUGUGAAUGAGUGCCUGCCUAAUCCAUGUAAUGCCAAAGGCAGUCUGGAUUGUAUUCAGUUAGUCAACAAUUAUAUUUGCAAAUGUAGGACUGGUUUUACAGGUCGUCACUGUGAGGAUACAUUGAAUUUAUGUCAAAGUACGCCUUGUCAUAAUGGUGGUGAAUGUGUAUAUGCUGUCAACAGUGAUAUUGGAUACAAUUGUAAAUGUCCACCGGGAUUUUUUGGAUCAAAAUGUCAGCACAACAACAACACAUGCGGACAAUAUAAAUGCAGAGCAGGAGAAAAAUGCAUCCAAACUCGUUCUGGCUUACAGUGUAUCUGCCCCAGUGGACCAACUGGAAUUAUGUGUCAUAACAAUAUGAUCUGUGACAACCAGCCCUGUAAAAACAAUGGCAUUUGCCAUAUACAGGAUCAGUUUCCAUUUUAUUGGUGUGAAUGCCCAAAACUAUUUAUGGGGAAGUAUUGUGAGAUCUUCAAUCCAACAAAUCUAUUACCCCAGGGUUGCCCAAUUCCUGAAUGUGCAAAGAAAAAAAAAGAUAACUACUGUGAUAAGGAAUGUAAUACGCAUGAGUGUCUUUUUGAUGGAGGGGAUUGCUCUUUGACCAUGGAAGAUCCAUGGGCCAACUGUUCAUCUUCCCUAAGAUGCUGGGAAUAUUUUAAUGAACAAUGUGAUGAAUUGUGUAACACUGCAGAGUGCCUCUUUGAUAAUUUUGAGUGCCAAGAAAAAGAACAAGUCUGCAGAUAUGACAAGUACUGUGCCGAUCAUUAUGCUGAUGGACGGUGUGAUCAAGGUUGCAACACAAAGGAAUGUGGCUGGGAUGGGCUUGAUUGCUCCACAGAUCAACCAGAGAACCUUGCUGAUGGUACCCUUGCUAUUGUAGUAUUGAUGUCCCCGGACGAACUGCUAAGAAAUGCUCGUAAUUUUCUCAGAUCUUUGGGGAACAUCCUUCAUACAAAUCUGAAAAUAAAGAAAAAUCCUGAUGGAAGUCCAAUGGUCUACCCAUAUUAUAGGGAAAAGUCUACUGAAUCACAUUUUAAUAGAUCUCGUGUUGCAAGAGAACUUGAAAAAGAAGCAAUUGGGUCAAGGGUUUCUCUAGAGCUUGACAACCAGUGCUGUGUACAGGAUUCCAAUCAAUGUUUUAAAAGUACAGAUUCUGCUGCCGCGCUCUUGGCUGCCCAUGCUAUCCAGGGCACUCUCACUUAUCCCUUGGUCUCUGUGGAAAGUGUAAUCACACAGCCGUCAACUCCAACAUUAAUGUACAUAUUACCUAUAGUGUUCGUUAUCAUUAUUGUUAUUCUACUAUUGGUGGUUUUGCUGGCAAAGAAACGUCAAAAACAUGGCACUUUAUGGUUCCCAGAAGGAUUCAUUAUGCGCAAAGACACUAGUAACCAAAAACGCAGAGAGCCUGUUGGACAGGAUGCUGUUGGAAUGAAAAACCUGUCAGUAUCCUUAUUGGAUGACAAUUUGCUGGAUACAAGUCAAUGUAAACAUGACCACUGGCCAGAUCAAAGAGGUCCCCUGCUGAAGAAGCCAAGAUUUGAAGACCGGGCCCUAUUAGCAGGUGGAGAUGAUCAAGUAGAUUGUCGCCAGUGGACUCAGCAGCACUUGGUGGCUGCUGACAUACCUUUGACCCAGUCAUCAGCCCUCACUCCUCCUCAAGCAGAGCAUGACAUGGAAGCUCUAGAUGUCAAUGUACUGGGACCAGAUGGAUGUACACCCCUGAUGUUGGCAUCAUUGCGAGUUGGAAAUUCCCAUAUACUUGAAGAUGAUGAUGAAAGUGAAGACCCAUCUGUCAAUGUCAUCACAGAUCUUAUUUAUCAAGGUGCCUGUAUGCAGGCUCAGACAGAUUGCACAGGCGAAACUGCUCUGCAUCUAGCAGCACGUUAUUCCAGAGCUGACGCUGCUAAGCGAUUGUUGGAUUCUGGUGCCGAUGCCAACUCCCAAGAUAGUAUGGGACGCACGCCUCUCCAUGCUGCAGUGUCUGCAGAUGCUCAAGGAGUCUUCCAGAUAUUAAUCCGUAACAGAGUGACUGAUCUUGAUGCUAGAAUGAAUGAUGGAACUACUCCUCUCAUUUUGGCUGCAAGACUGGCUGUGGAAGGCAUGGUAGCUGAAUUGAUAAAUUGCCAAGCAGAUGUUAAUGCAGUGGAUGACCAUGGUAAAUCUAGUCUUCACUGGGCUGCUGCUGUAAACAACAUAGAGGCCACUAUGGUACUGCUGAAAAAUGGGGCGAACCGCGAUAUGCAAGACAAUAAGGAAGAGACACCAUUAUUUCUUGCAGCAAGAGAAGGGAGUUUUGAAGCUGCCAAGAUGCUUUUGGAUUAUUUUGCAAAUCGAGAAAUUACAGACCAUAUGGACCGCCUUCCUCGUGAUAUUGCUAAAGAAAGGAUGCAUCAUGAUAUUGUACAUCUUCUGGAUGAGUAUAAUUUAGUCCACAGCCCACAAGGUCAGCCUGGGUCAAUUAUUUCAGGCAAUUUUUCACCUGGUGUCUGUGGUCCCAAUAGAACUUUUCUUAAUCUAAAGCAUGCAACGCAAACCAAGAAGACUCGGAGGCCCAGUGCAAAAACAGGGAUUCCUCGUCUUCAGAAUGUAGGUAAAGAUGCCAAAAGCAGGCGGAUUAAAAAAUCUGAAUCUGAUGGCAAAGGUCAACUUUCUGAGAGUUCAGUAACUUUAUCACCUGUAGAUUCACUUGAAUCUCCCCAUGGAACAUCAUCUCCCACUAUUAAAUCACCAGGAAGCUUACACCCAUCCUCCGGUCAAAUGCUUGCAGGUGUUUCAAUGCAGUCAAAGCACACAUUGUCUCUAAGUAACCUUCAGUCUGUUUCUUGUGCGACAAGCAAUGUGCUACCUUCUGUUGGCCAAAUAUUGUCCCAUACAGCUCAAAAUAAUGUUCUUGUUGGACAAAGGCAAAACCAUUUGUCAUCAGAUUGGUUAAGCCACAUGGAAAGAAAUGACUCACAGUAUAAUGAAAUGUUUGGUAUUGCAAGUACCAGCCUAUGUAAUCAGCAACAAAAUGGGAGGAUUCAAGCAGAUAUGAAGCCUUCAUUACAUAUGGGUUUAGUUGGGGAUGCUCUUCCACCUAUUAUGGCAUUUCAAAUAAUACCAAAAGGGAGAAUGAGUCAGCAAUCUAACAACCUGACACACGUGCAGCCUGGAAUUCAUGCUCCAAUAAUGACUGACAUAUAUAAAGUCCCAGAUAUCUCUCAUAUAACUGGUCCUUCAGUCCCCAUUGCAAUGAUACAUCAGCGUGAUGGACAAUCACCUCAAACUAUGCUAAAAUCAUAUCAUCAGCUUCAAAAUCAAAUGGGAAAAUAUCCAACUCCCCCAUCACAGCAUAGCUAUGCUUCAACAGACAAAACCCCAAAUCAUAAUGGACAUUUACCAGGAGAGCACCCAUACCUUACUCCUUCUCCAGAAUCUCCAGAUCAGUGGUCCAGUGCCUCCCCAAAUUCUGCUUCGGAUUGGUCAGAUGUAACCACAAGUCCAACUCCAAAUGUCAGUCAAAGAAUGCCUGCAAGUAGCUUAUCUGAACAACAGCACAGUGGAACACAGGUGUAUGCAUGAGAUGGUUUUCUUGGACACUAUAGUUUAAGCUCUGAUCAAAUGAAGUUUGAAAAUAGGAAGAAAAAAAAAAUAACUUUUUACGUGACAAUAGCUACAUCUUACUCCUUGUCCAGAAUAUCCAGAUUACUCUACAAGUCCAACUUCAGUUUCUGUUUCAGUCAAAGAAAUACCUGCAACUUGUCUGGACAAAAAAAAAAA